AUGAGUACUGGAGAGCUAAAGUUAAAUGUAAAGUGUCAAGGUGGAGAUAAGGGACAAUGUACUUGUAAAGGUGCUGAGAACAUACCCGGCCUAAAGGCCGAAAAGAGGACUAACAUUCCGGUACCGGGAUUUACCAAAUAUGUUCAUUGGAUUCCAGGUGGAAGUGGAGGAACAUUUACUCUAGAUGGAGAACUGAAGGAUGGAGGUAAGAUAGGAUCAGAAGGAAAAAUACCUAUACAUGAUGUUAAAGAAGUUUCCGUUUACUACUGGAAUGGGAAUCCUAGUAAGAAUAUACUUCUUGGAAUUACCAAAAAGAUAGGUGACAGUGAUGAUACUACAACUACCUAUUAUAGUAAGAGUAGUGAUGGAAAUGAUUGGAAUAUUUCAGUGAAUGCUCUGGGUGAAUUACAGGCACUUGAUGAUUUUAAUUGUCGACUCAACAACGCUGUUCCAUUCGAAAUACAGGGUUCUCAAUCGGGUUCUACUCCCAAAGAAUCUAAAUCCGAGUGUAUAGAGAGCAAAAAUACAAAACCUACUGGCUCUCCUCCGCCCCCUUCAGGCAGUAACUACACCAUUAAAUCUCAGAAAAUAACUGAUGAAAGUGGUAAGGAUGCCAUUAUAUCUAGACUUACUUUGAAUGGCACUCCUAUAAAUAUUUCCCUUACCAGAGAGUAUAUUGGAACCGAGAUUAGACUAUACUCCUCACUUGUUAACAAAAAUGUACCUCUUAUGCUGGAAUUUAAACCACCUGGUAAUGGAAAAUCUAGAUGGUUUUAUAGUCAAAAUAAAGAUGGCAAUAGUUGGCAAGAAGACGCUGGUCAUGGGUUCUAUAGCGAUAAUGGGCAACUUUGUGAGAAUCUUGCCAAAAAAUUAGAUGAUUUUACUUGCCAAAACCAUAAUGGAGUCACUAUAGAUUUAUCCCAUAAAACAUCUAUAGCUCAACAGAGAUACUGUUGCAAUGAGCACGGAGGUAAGGGUAAGAAUAAUGGGAAGAUUUACGUUAAAAGCGUUCCAGUUACUUGCAAGAAACGACAUAACGAAAGUUCUGUUACAGCCUAUAUUCACUCCAUUGGAUCAGGGAAUACUGUAGCUGGAAUUAAAUUUUAUUCUACUACUGAUAGUGGUAACAGGAAGAAGGUAUCCGCUAAUGCAUUAAAAUUUCCCAUAGAUGGGCCAGUUGAUAUCUAUACCUUCUACUCAAGUGACAGUCUGGAUCCAGUCCUCAUCUAUGUUGAUUCUUCUAGAAGUAAAAACCCUAAGGCUAAAACUGGUUGGUACAGAAAAAGUAGAAAUGGUUAUGAUAGCCCUUGGACUAAACUUCGUAAGCAGCUAAGGAACAUAACACAUCAUAAUUUUAGAGACCUUGGCUGUCUUAUGUGGAAUUCUCUUGUGAAGGUACUUAAAAAACGUGGGUGUGGUACUUUAACAGAGUGUCCUAGAUCUCCAGAACUAGCACGUGCUGAUGAUCUUUCUGAAGAAUCUGAGGAGGACGAGGAAGAGAAGAAACCUAAAGUUGAAGGAACCUCUGGUUCUGAUGGACCUCAAGGUGGAGCUUAUGCUCCUACUGUUCCUCCUAAAACUCCUACUCCUGCAAGAUCUGUUGGAGCUGCUCCUCUAGGAUUAAUGGCAAUCUUUAAAAUAUCUUCAGGUGUUUUUGGUGGAAGUGGCGCAGUUGGUCUCGCAGGUUAUCAUUUAUAUAAAAAUUCUAGAGAUCCUUGGGUUAGACAGAUGAGUGUCUAUGGGUCCUCCAGAGGUACUCUAGAUACUAGCUUGAGUACUGAGUAG